AUGAGCUGCCCUCGACCCGGCCCCGCAGCCCACCUGGAAACGUCAAAGAGGAGGGCAACUGAAGAUUUGGCUCGACACCGACAUGGAAGCAGUUCUUGGACCUUCUAUCUUCGGUCUCCGUCGCUGGAGAAGGGACUGGGUGGAAUCUUGGACCUUCUAUCUUCGGUCUCCGUCGCUGGAGAAGAGACUGGGUGGAGCUCUCUAGAUCCGCUGCCGCCAAUCGUCACGCAAACCGUUCGUGACAUCAUUGAGGCCGGCUAG